AUGUGUGCAAGCCAAGAGGAGCCGUCUUGGAGCGGGAAAUGCGAGGACGAAGGUCCUGCAAAGAUAGCUGAUGCAAAGCGAUCCAGCGGCAGGGGAAGGAAGAAGUUCCUUACGAAGCUGUCUGGGCGGAGCUUGACCCAGGAGGUGACGAAAAACAGUGUAAUGGAGGUGCGGCUGCUGGAAGUGAGCUCCAAGGUGAUUGCGGCGCCAGUGCGGCAGGUCAUGGUGCGACUGUCAUCGAUCGGGUUUUGCCUAGCGGAGCUAGCAGACGUGCACACCAAGCUCUUCAAGAUGGUGAAUUCGGGCGAUGACGAUGGGGUUCCUACUGCUCGCCACAACGAAGCUCGGAUGCUGAUCUGCGAGGAGCUGCCGGAAUUGCAGGAGAGCCUUUUGCACCAGGGGCAAACCCUGGCCAGGUAUUUGGCAGCACGUCUCGUCUACCAUGAGCUACGUGCCGAGCUCUUUGAGAAGUUGUACUUUGUUGCAGUCCCAGGUGGAGGCACUCCAACUCCAAGCAAUGCCGUCGGCAGCUUCACACCUCGAGCUUCGACCACACCGGCAUCGUUUCUCGAGAGCGGCUCCGGGCCCACUCUGCUCACGCUGAAGGACAUUGUGGCCUGCCGCCAAAACAGCUUCCUGAGUCUUGUCGAGCAAGCCCCGUCAGUCUUGCUUGGUGCUUUUGUCGCGGAGCUUGGAAUUGAGCUUACACAUGCUUGGAUGUAUGUCAUCGUCGACUACUUACGCAAGCAGCAGCUGGACCAGAUCUACGAGCACCUCGCGAGCGAUCAGGAAGCGCUGAGUCGAGCGAUCGACUCCAUGAUGCAAGCAACGCGGCAGCGAGUGCAAACGAAAGCACUAGGAGGACUCACGCUGGAAGAUUGCCGAAACGCAGAGAAGCGUCUGGAAGAGGUCCAGCGGCUUUCACAGUGUCUCAUUGAGGAGACCCGCGUUCGUACGGCCGAGGAACUUGCCCGGUAUGCUGCGAAAGUGCGAGGCGAGUUUUCCCAAGAGGGACGCGAUGGGCCAUCGGUUUUGGCGCGGGAGCGUUCGCAAACUCCCACUCCUCUGGGUCGUUCCAAGUCGCCACACCCGAGGUCUGCAUCCCCAUCCGGAGCAUCUGCGGGUGUUUUUGGCGGCUACUACUCACCCCGCAGCCCAUCACCGGUGCUGAUAUCGUGGGGUGCUGAGACACAAGAGACGUGA